GAGUGGAUGCGCUCCCUGCUCCUUCCCAGCCCUGCGCCUCCCGCGAGCCCGGAGACCAGUAAUCCUGAGCAGCUGCCAUUCCACUCCUAACGGCCAGACAAGGGCCCCCGGCGGCCGGCCCACGCAAUGCUCUGUCUCCUGUUCAUCUUCUCAGGUCUUGGCCCGCUGGCAUCCGCGGCCCCGAGUUCUGAAAUGCCACUUCUGUACCUCACAGUGCCGCAGAGGGUUGGGGAAACCAGCAGCGAUGACUAUUCUUCAGAAACAAAUGUCACUUACUUACUCAAAAUUAAGGAGGAAACAUUCACUAUUCUUCUGAAAAGACAGUCAUUUUUACACCCACAUUUCCUGGUAUAUUCAUACAACAAAUCAAAAAGCAGGUAUUCAGAUACUUCACUCUUAAAGGUUCACUGCUUUUAUCAAGGACAUGUAGCAGAGAUUCCAAAAUCAUCUGUGAUACUCAGCACCUGCUCUGGACUCAGAGGAUUAUUGCAGUUUGAUAAUGUCACAUAUGGAAUAGAACCACUAGAGUCUUCAGUUACAAAUGAGCAUAUCCUGUAUCAAAUAAUAAUGAAUGAAACUGGUUAUACCUCCUUACAAGAGAUUCAGCCUGUAACUCAAUAUGCGCAGCAGUCCUACAAGAUUCUAGUCCAAUCAGAUCAAGAUUCAGAUAUUGUCCUACCAAAAAGAACUUUGAAAAUACACAUCAUCGUGGAUAAAGCCAUGUAUGAUUUUAUGGGAUCUGACGGGGCACUUGCAGCUGAAAAAAUUGUCCAUAUGUUUGGUGUUAUUAAUGCUAUUUUUUCCAAAGUCAGAAUAGCUGUUAUUCUGUCCUCUCUGGAGCUCUGGUCAGAUGAAAAUAAGAUUUCAACAAAUGGAAAUGCUGAGGAGAUACUACAAAGAUUUCUGUCAUGGAAACAAAAACUUCUGUCUCAAAGUCCCCAAGAAAUGUCGUAUUUAUUGAUUUACAGGGACCAGGCUACUUUUGUGGGAGCAACAUAUCAUGGAAGGCCCUGUGAUCCAAAGUUUGCUGCAGGAGUUGCUAUGUAUGCGAAGAUGAUAACUUUUGAGGCAUUUUCAAUUGUUAUGGUACAGUUGAUUGGAAUUAAUCUGGGAUUAUCAUAUGAUAACAUCUACCAUUGUUACUGUCCAGGAACUACAUGCAUCAUGAAUCCUGAAGCAAUACUAUCCAGCGGUGUGAAGUUCUUCAGCAGCUGCAGCAUGGCUGAACUGAAACAAGCAGUGUCACAGCCUGAAUUUGAAUGUCUUCUGGAUACCAAAGUCUCAUCAGUGGUUUUCCAAGGAAAAACCGGAACUUGUGGCAAUGGAAUUUUGGAAGGAAGAGAGCAGUGUGACUGUGGCAAACCUGAGACAUGCAUAUAUAAAAAAUGCUGCAAUCCCCAUGCUUGUGAGCUAAUUGGAUUUGCCGAAUGUGGAACUGGACCAUGCUGCAAUAAUAAAACUUGCCUAAUAGCCCAUAGAGGAUUAUCGUGUAGAAAAAGUACAGAUCCAUGUGAUUUUCCAGAAUAUUGUAACGGAACAAGUGAAAUUUGUGUACCUGACAUAAAAGCUGCCGACUUAGAACCAUGCCAGAAUAAAACUGCCUACUGCUAUAAAGGAAGGUGUCGAGAUUUAGAUAGACAAUGUGCAGACUUCCUUGGAGUGUAUGCUAGAGGUUCUACUUAUCUGUGUGGACAAGAAAUCAAUUUUCUACAUGACCAAUUUGGAGGUUGUCGGGGGCGAUUUUGUACUUUCACGAAUACCCUUUGUGGGCACCUAGUUUGUACAUGGACAAGUGAAACCAUCAUACAAUCAAGAGAGUUUGACUAUCAAUACACUUUUCUUGGAGGCCACGUAUGUGUAUCUGGAAGAGCAAGAAAUAGAACAAACGAGGGUAUAUUCGUUGUGGAAGAAGGAACUACGUGUGGUAGGGACAGUAUCUGUAUUGGUGUGAACUGCAAACAUUUUUCUCAGCUACCUAACAAACCACAAUGUAAUGCCAGAGUGAAAUGUAAUGGACAUGGGAUUUGCAAUGAAAGACUCAACUGUCAUUGUGAUCCUGGAUUUGCACCUCCUAAUUGUGAGAGAGUUGCAUUUUCUCCAGGUGGAAGUACCGAUGAUGGGUUUUGGCUCCCGGCAAGUUUACUCCUCAAAUGGUCUUAUCAGCAGUGGCUGGAUAAAGCCAAAUCCAGGAGCCAGGAUCUUCCAUGUGGCUGGCAAAGGCUCAAACUCUUGGGCCAAUUUCAGCUGCCUUCCCAGGCACAUUGGCAGCGAGCUGGAUGAGAAGCAGGGCAGCCGGGUCCACACAGGUACCUAUUUGGGAUUUUGGGAUCACAGGCAGAGACUUACUCUUUGCACCAUAAUGCCUGCCCGUUUUUUAUUCUUACUUUUUGUUAAACACAUUACAUUUCCAAUAAUUUGUACACAGCAGCAUUCACUCUUUGGAAUAGAAUUCCACAGCUAUUGAAACAUGGACAGACUCACAUUUCUACCACAGUGAUCCUGAUGCAGAAUAGAUCUGUCACCCACGUCAUCCCCAUCACUCUGCCAGUCCUUAACUCUGUGUUGUUGCUAGAAGCCUUCCAACGAAAGUGUGUCUUAUACCUCACCUAUCCAGUCACUCACGGAAAGAUAUUUGAGUUGUUGCUAGGUUUUCACCGUAGUGAAUAAGCCUACUAUAAACAUGCACACGGGCCUUAGCGUAUCUAUAAGUUUUGUGGAUAAAUGCCCAAGAAGGAGAGUGCUGUCUCAUUUUGAAUUGUCUAAGGAAAAGCUAAACUAUUUUUCAAAUUGCCUGUGUGUUACCUUUGUUUCGUUAUGAGCAGUAACUUUGCAGUCAGUCCACACAUCCACCAUCACACAAUAUUGUCAGUUUUGGUUUUGUUGGGCUUGAGCUUCGCUUUGCAAAGCUUUAGAUGCCCAGUGAUAUCCUAUUAGGGCUUUUAUUUUAACCUUUUAUGUCAAAGUAAUUAUGGAUUCACAAAGUGUUACAAAGGCCCAUAGACAGAAAUUCUAUGCAAUCUUCACCCAGCCUCCACCAAUGGCAAAACGUUGCAAGUCUGUCCUGUAAUAUCCCAUCUAGGAAAGAGAUACCGAGAAAAUACAUAGACCUUAAUCAGAUUUCACCACUAUGUAUGCACUCAUCUGUGUGCGUGUGCAUGGGUGUACGUGUUUUGUGCAAUUUUGUCAUGUUCAGACUCACGUCACCGCCACCGCAAUCAUGAUACGCAACUGUGCGACCACUCCACGGGUGCCUACCAUUACCACUUUGUAAAUACAUUGACUCAUUUUUCCUCUUUGCCAACUCCUGGCAACCACUAAAUUGUUCUUCAUUUCUUCAAUUGUGUGAUCUCAUGAAUCUUAUAUAAAUAGAAUUAUAGAGUUUUUCUGUAAGCGGAGCUCCCACAGACACUCAGCAGAAUUUCUGUAACCUACAUAUAAGUCAUUACAUUAUCAGCAUUCAUUCAUUUUUGUUUUAAUUUUUUGACAGACAGAGUGGACAGUGAGAGAGAGAGACAGAGAGAAAGGUUUUCCUUUGCCAUUGGUUCACCCUCCAAUGGCCGCCGCAGCUGGCGCUGAUCCGAAGCCAGGAGCCAGGUGCUUCUCCUGGUCUCCCAUGGGGUGCAGGGCCCAAGCACUUGGGCCAUCCUCCACUGCACUCCCUGGCCACAGCAGAGAGCUGGCCUGGAAGAGGGGCAACCAGGACAGAAUCCUGCGCCCCGACCGGGACUAGAACCCGGUGUGUGGGUGCCACAAGGUGGAGGAUUAGCCUAGUGAGCCGCGGCGCCGGCCACAUUCAUUCAUUUUUGUUUUGCAUAAGUACAUUGUAAUUUGUUAACUGUUCACACUGUGAAGGACAUUUGGAUGGCUAUCAGUUUUUAUCUAUUAUGACUAAGUCUGGGAUGACUAUUCAUACAGAAGAUUGUACUUGAAACUUAUAUUUUAAUUCUUUAUGAUGUGUGGCCAUAACUAAAAUUACUAGGUCAUAUUUUUAAGCUGAUUAUUGUUUUUAAAGCAAUGGUCAGUUUCUAGUGUCUGUACCGUUUGACACUGGCACCCAUAAUAUAUGUAUGGUCCUUUUUUUUUUUUUUUUGCAUUUUUACUACCAAUCCAUGGCACAACUUUUUUUCAUUUUCUUUCCUCCUUCCUCUUUUUUAUAAAUUUGUUAAUUCUGAUAGCUGUGUAUUGAUAUCUCACUGCAGUUAUAGAGUUCAUUUUCCUGUGCAUAAUAUUAUUGUUAAGCAUUUUUACAGUUUUUAUUUGGCUGUAAGAGCACUUUAGUGCUCUUAUGUGCUCAGAUCUUAUGUUACUUCCUAAUCGAGUUGAUGACAUUUGUGUUUUUUUAAUGUUGAGUUUUGAGAGAUUUCCUGUAGUACAUAACUUUGUUGGAUGUGUCAUUUGUACAUAUUUUGUCCAAGUCUGUGACCAAGAGUUUUUGUUUGUAAUUUGAACUUUCCACUUUAUUUCCAUAUCAAAUACUGCUUUGUGUUCAAGUUUAUGUACUCUUUGUCCUAGCAGUUGAAGAUUUUCUGCUGUUAUACUGAAAGUGAUAGGUUUAUGCUUUGCAUGUAAGUCCAUAACACACUAGCAAUUAAUUUUUAUAAGAAAUGGGAACUCUUAGGAUUAAGUAUUUUUUUCUUUUUAAUUUUUAACUGUUAUUGAUACAAUGAGAACAGAUUUCAUUUAUCCCAUAGGUACAAAUCUAAGAAGACAACCAUGCUUCCCACCCUCGCUAUCCCCCGACCUCUUCUCCCUCUUUCCUUUCUUUCUUUUUCUUUAAUUUUUGUGAAAACUUUAGUUCAGCCCACUCUAUAUUCAUAGGAUUAAUGUACCACUAACCAUGAUAUUCAACAAGCGAAAGCAGAAAGAUCACAGUUCCACAAGAGUGUAAAUAAGGAUUAAAAACAAUUUCGAGGGGACAAAGAAUGGUCUUUUGACAAAAUUUGUGGAGACAACUGGGUAUCCACAGGCAAAAGAAAGAAGAUGGAUCUCUACAGCACACCAUUCUCAAAAAGUAACUGAAAAUGGAUCGAAAUUCAGUAUCUAAAGCUCUAAAAAUUGUUAGAAGAACACAAUUUUGUGGACUGAGCAUAGGUCAUGUAUAGAAGAGACUAAGACAAGGGUGAGAUAAGAAAACAGUAGAUGAAUUCAACUUUAACAAAAUUAGAAACUUUUGCAGUGCAAAUUUUACAAAUCAAGAAGUGAAAGGCAAAUUACAACAAGGGAGAAAAUAUUUGCAAAUAGGAUGUCCAAUGUGGGAACUGGAUCCAGCACAUAUUAAAAAAAAAAUUCUAAGUAAAUAAUCAAAAGUCAACUCAAUUAAAAAUGGAAAGUAGUGGGUCAGACCUAUAUUCCAGCACCUGGAACACUCAUGUCUCUACAAUCCUGCUUUCACUCCUAAUUGAAGCUUCCUAGCAAUGCAGACCCUGGGAGGCAGCAGGUGAUAGGUCAUCUAGUUGGGUCCCUACUACCCAUAUGGAAAACCUGGUUGCAUUCCUGAUUUCCAGCUUCAGACUGGCCUAGUCCCAACCAUUUCAGGUAUCUGGGGAGUAAACCGCAGAUGAGAUUCUCUCCCUGCCCUUGCUCUCUGGUUUUAAAAUAAAUAUUCUUUUUUUUUUUUUUUUUUUUUUUUUUUUUUGACAGACAGAGUGGACAGUGAGAGAGAGAGAGAAAGGUCUUCCUUUUGCCGUUGGUUCACCCUCCAAUGGCCGCCGCGGCCGGCGUGCUGCAGCCGGCACAUGGCGCUGAUCCGAAGCCAGGAGCCAGGUGCUUUUCCUGGUCUCCCAUGCGGGUGCAGGGCCCAAGGACUUGGGCCAUCCUCCACUGCACUCCCAGGCCAUAGCAGAGAGCUGGCCUGGAAGAGGGGCAACCAGGACAGAAUCCGGCGCCCCGACCGGGACUAGAACCCGGUGUGCUGGCACCGCAAGGUGGAGGAUUAACCUAUUGAGCCACAGCGCCGGCCUAAAAUAAAUAUUCUUUUAAAAGAAAGUAAUGGGAAGGGAUUUAAAUAAUCACAUCUUCACAGAAGAUGGACACUUGGCCAGUAAUCCCAUGAAAUGUGUUCAAUGUCCUGGACAAAUUUAAAUAAAACCACAGUGAAGCACCUUUUCACAUCUACUGGGAUGAGCACAACGAAAUGCAGGCGAUUUGUGGCAAUGAGUUUGUGGAGAAACCUUGUUAGUGGUCUUUUCCCAGCAGUGGUCAAACUCCAACAUCCCCAUUAAAUUAUCUGCUAAGUAUGAGUGGAUGUCACCUCAGGUUGUCUCCUGUUGUGUUUACGUGCCUUGCCUCUCUACUGAGCAGUCCUCGGAUGUACACACGCAUGCACACACAUGCACACACACACACACACACAUACACACUUCUGGGUUCCAUAAUCUACCAAGCAACUCUGUCUGCGUUGCUGUAACCUAAGGAGUCCAGCCAUUUAAGUUGCAGUGACCACAGUCUUCUGCUUCCUCAGCUCAGUGGGAAAGUCAUGAGCUGUGCUUGGUCUGUGCUGAGAUUCUUUUUGUGCUGAGGUCGGCAACUCAUCCUAGGUAAAUUACAAUAGAGUCAGCCUCACGUGUUCUCUGUCCUUCCUUCCGAAAUGAUCGUGUUCACUUUCCUGGAAUUGUAGAAAUCAUUUCCCUCAUGUUUUUACCCUGAGUUAUAUUUUCUUUUUUUUUUCAAAUUGCUAAAAUUUGAUUUAUUUUUCUUUUCUCUUCUCUUUUUAAAUUUGUAUCAAUGUAAAGAGAACAGAUUAUCUGAAUUUCAUAGGUACAAUUCUAGGGUAAUCAUUGUAAGAGGACACAGGUGGCAUCAUUUAAUGCAUGCAUUUCAUCGUGUCUAGAACAGGAAGUAUUGUCUUUCUGUCUUUGAAUAAUGGAAUCUCCCAAUCAGUUAAAAAAAUUUAAGUCCAUUUCAAAAGAUUUAUUUAUUUAUUUGAAAGGCAUAGUUGCAGAGACAGGUAGAAACUGAGAGAAACCUUCCAUCCACUGGUUCACUCCCCAAAAGGCCACAACAGCCAGGACUGGGCCAGUCCAAAACCAGGAGCCCAGAACACCAUCCAGGUCUGCAACACUGAUGCAGCUGCCCAAGUACUUGGGUAUUCCUCUCCUGCUUUCCCAGCUGCAUUAGUAGGGAACUGGACGAGAGGUGGAGCGGUACUGACAUGAACUGGCACCCAUAUGGGAAGACUGGGUCACAAGUGGCAUCUUAACCAUUGAGCCAGCCCCAUGGUCAAAUUUUUUAAAUCCCCCCGCUCUGUUGUAUUUUUGGUGAAGGGGUUCUUAAAAAGUGAUGACCUCUUCAAGUGGGUGAGGCAUUUUUUAAACCUGUGUUCUGGACCAGUGCUGUAACGUAAGUGGGUUAAGCAGCUGCCUGUGAUGGCGGCAUCCCACAUGGACACGGGUUCUGACCCAGCUCCCUGCUCUUACAACUGGGAAAGCAGCAGAGGAUGACCAAGUACCUGGGUCCCUGCCACGCAUGUGGGAGACCAGAGUGGUGCUCUGGGCUGCUGACCUCAGCUUGUCCCAGCCCAGGUUUUUGUAGCCAUUUGCAAGAACCAGCAGAUGAAAGAUAUCUCUCUCUCUCUCUCUCUCUCAGCAUUCUGCCUUUCAAAUAAAUCUCAAAAAAUGCUCUUUAUUAAAAUUUAAAAACUGUUUUAGGCAAUAUUAAUGUGUUCAAAGUAGCAGGGCACAGAAGGGAAAUGAUAGAAUAAAAGAGACUGCAAUAUUUUAUCACAUAAGUAAGGAACGGAUGCUACAUACUGUUAAUGACUGUAUUCUCAGCGAUGUGUGCAUGCAUUGACAUGUAAUGCAAUUUGGGCUACAAUCACAGAAAAAGCUUUUAAAUUAAAAAAAAAAUUCAUUCUUAGUGUGUAAUACUUGAACCCAAAAUUUUUAAAAUCCAAAUUAUUGUACUUUGAAUGCAUAUUUCCGGAAGGUGAUGGAUACAUUCAUGAUUACAGGUAAAAACCUGCCCUGGACCCUAACAAGACAAAGUGCUCCUAAAAAAAAUGGCCUUUUGAU